CCUACCGCCCUCGAGUGGCCGUGAUCGUGUACUGGCGAUCAUUUGGAGAGGUGUUUAAAAGUAGUCAGUCGCGUCAUCGGCGGAGCCCAAACCCGAGUCUCGUUGGAAAAUUGCGUAAACUACCGUCUUCCUGAGUGUGCGUGCUGAGCCAACCACCUCCCAAUCCGCGGUGGAAGGGUACGCUCGAUCAACAUGUCAGGAUUUGUGAGUUGAUAUCGUGCUUCCGUGAAGGCUCGAAAACGCUUCGGUUUGUGACUGAGAGAAGAUGUUCUCAUGAUUUAAAAGUUCAUACCUUGGUGACGGCUUACCUGAGGAUUACUUUAACUGGCAAAACAAUGGCUUCCAAUAUAAUUGUGGAACAGCAAUUUUCUCACAAGUUCACAGUGACGGUGGUUCGAGCUGAGAGCGUCACAAAGGGAGCACUGGGUGACCUGCUGGACACUCCAGAUCCUUACGUGGAGCUGUUCAUCCCGACGGCACCGGAGAGCAGAAAGAGGACCAAGCACAUAGACAACAACAUCAACCCAAAAUGGAACGAGACGUUUCAUUUCAUUCUAGACCCAAACCAGCAGAACGUCCUGGAGUUAACGUUAAUGGACGCCAAUUAUGUGAUGGAUGAGACACUUGGGACGGCCUCCUUCGACAUCACCAAGCUCAAAGUGGGCCAGACAAAGACGGAGACGUUCCUCAUCGGCAAAGCAACCAAAGUGCACUUAGAGAUGCUGUUGGAGAUCUGUACGAAUCUGGAUCUGCGGUUCAGCCUGGCCCUGUGCGAUAAAGAGAAGCAGUUCAGACAAACCCGCAGGGAAAGAGUGAUGCUCGGCAUCAAGAAGCUGCUCGACAUGGAGAAGCCUCGGUUUCUCCCCAGCUCUCCAGAGGAGGUGCCAGUGAUAGCCAUAGCCGGCUCGGGAGGCGGUUUCCGCGCCAUGGUCGGCUUCUCGGGCGUGAUGAAGGCCCUGUUUGAGUCUGGGGUGCUAGACUGCGCCACAUACAUCGCCGGCCUCUCCGGAUCCACAUGGUAUAUGUCCAGUCUCUACUCCCACCCUGACUUUCCAAAUAAGGGCCCGAAGGACAUCAACAGUGAGCUGAUGAAGAGAGUCAGCAGUAACCCGCUGAGGCUGCUGCUGCCACAACACAUCACCAACUACAUCCAGGCCUUGUGGACCAAAAAGGCCCAAGGGCAGCCUGUUACCUUUACCGACAUCUUCGGUAUGCUCAUAGGAGAGACGCUAAUACCGGCGAGAAUGGAUAUCAAGCUGAGCGAAAUCCAGGAGAAAGUCAACCAGGCCCAGAGUCCUCUUCCUCUUUUCACCUGUCUGCACGUCAAACCAGAUGUUUCCGAGCUGAUGUUUGCAGACUGGGUGGAGUUCAGCCCGUACGAGAUUGGGAUGGCAAAGUACGGCACCUUCAUGACCCCCGACCUGUUCGGAAGCAAGUUCUUCAUGGGAACGGUUGUGAAGAAAUACGAGGAAAAUCCUCUACAUUUUCUGAUGGGUGUGUGGGGAAGCGCCUUCUCCAUUCUGUUCAACAGAGUUCUGGGCGUCAAAGACACGGUCGGAGGCAGCACCAUGGAGGAGGAACUAGAGCAGAUCAAACCGCAGCACAUUGUUGGGGAGGACAGCCUGGACAAUGACGACGAGCCUCGCAAAGGUGGAACAGAAAACCAGGAAGCAGAAGAGGAGUAUCAUCGCACGGCUCAGGCCAGCUGGGUUCAGCGAAUGUUCACCUCCCUCUUCAGUGACUCUGCCUUGUUCAACACCAGAGAGGGCCGGGCAGGGAAGGUACAUAACUUCAUGCUGGGCCUGAACCUGAACACCAGCAUCCCGUUCUCUCCCGUCAGUGAGAUAACGUACCACGCCCCCGUGCCGGAAGAAGAGGUGGAUGCCGUAACAGAUCCGGACGAGUUUGAUCGAAUUUACGAGCCUUUGGACGUGAAGAGCAAGAAGAUCCACGUGGUGGACAGCGGCCUGACCUACAACCUGCCCUACCCCCUCAUCCUGCGGCCGCAGCGCGGCGUCAACCUCAUCAUCUCCUUCGACUUUUCUGCGCGGCCGAGCGACUCCAGCCCUCCGUUCAAGGAGCUUUUGCUGGCGGAGAAGUGGGCUAGAAUGAACAAGCUCCCCUUCCCCAAGAUAGACCCCAAAGUCUUUGACCGCGAGGGCCUGAAGGAAUGCUACGUCUUCAAACCAAAGAAAGGCGAAAAGAACUGCCCGACUGUCAUCCACUUUGUCCUGGUCAACAUCAACUUCAGACAAUUCAAAGCUCCCGGGGUUCCCAGAGAAACCGAGAAGGAGAAGGAGUUGGCAGAUUUUGACAUCUUUGACGACCCCGAGUCACCUUUCUCCACCUUCAACUUCCAGUACUCCAACGAGGCGUUCACAAGACUUCACGAUCUGAUGGAGUUCAACACUCUCAACAACCUGGAGGUCAUCAAAGAAGCCAUCAAAGAGUGCAUCGUGUCACGCAAGGAGAAUCCCUCAGGCCUCUCCCUUCCCUUCUCCCUCAGUGAGAUCCCGAAAAAGAAGUUUCUCAAAAGAGAUCCUAAAAACCUGGAAUCACCUUGGAAAUGAUAAAUAAUACUUUGUAACUGAGACUUUGGGUUUUUUUUUUGUUUUUUUUUAUUUUUUUUUUUGGAUUAUUGUUUGUUUUCCCCGUAAAGUGAAGCCUUUUCUUUUUGGAAAACGCUUUCACGCUGAUCUCUUCUCUUUAUACUUUUAGUCGUGAUGGUUUUUUGCUAAACUCUGGGAUACAAAUUGAGAUAAUUGUCUGUUAAAGGGCUUUUUUUUUGUGGAGAAUGUUUACAGGUGGAAGCCUUAUGGGUGGAUUCAAGCGUCUGGCUUUUUUUUUUUUUCUGCACAAAUGUGACAGUUUGUGUUUAUUGAUCACAAACUCCUAAUCCUCGCUAACCCUGCUGGGUGUGAGAAAGGCUGGAUGUUGAAAGUUGACUUACUAAACACUGACUGUUACCAUCACAGUCAACACAAGAUUUUGUUUCUGAAUCCUUUUCACAAACUAUCACUUCAGUUAUUUUUUUUUUCAUAUUUGAAAGAAAUCUAUGCAUUUGCUCACUUUUUGCCGCAUCGUGAACAUUUUUCAUUCUCGGCUCCUGGAUGCCUGUCAGCAUUUGCAUCUUCCUAUUGAUUUCUGUGUGUGACAUGCUGCUUUGUGAAUGUAGCUGUUUGUUUGCUGAACUCUUUCCAUAUUCACCGUGCAACUACACAUCAUGCAAAUCACCCCGUUGCUCCCCCCCCCCCUCCACACCGGAUGGCUCGUCUAAACACGUAAUCCUGUUUGAAACCAUGGACGAGGAGCUCGUAACUAUUGGUUUGUUUGAUGGCAACUCCUAAACACACCGAGUGCACCCCCACUGGAUACCUCAAACAUCUCAAAGAUGUUUACCCACCUACAGGGAAGGAGCACUCCCUGCUAUCCUGCAAGGGAGUGUCCCAUAUUAAAGCCACCAUUUUGGAAAAACAAAAACUCGAUGCCAUGGAAACGCUCAUGCUUCCCCUCUCUCUUUUGCGUUCUUCCAUGAGCAUAAAGGUGUGUUUAUUUUCCUUGUCCAGAGUGCCUUUUAGAUACGGUUUGUUUUUUCCACGGGCCCUGCUCGCGGUGCAAGGACCCUGACGUGGACGCUGAGUCAGAGUGAGGGGAAGAGUCGGAAGCGGCGUCUGCGAUCACGAGACCCGCUCCCAGCUGAGAGCGCCGGCCCCUCAGUGGAAUUUUCCCUCACUACACCUACACCUGCAGCAGCGGAAGCCUGGAAUCUGACACACUACACCUACACCUGCGGGGGCCAGAGGGCUGCACACAGAGAAGUGGAAUUUUACACCGAGGCCCUUUUCAGACCCCUGUGUACUCAUGUUUUUUUCUGUGUUAUCGCGAAAAAGCUGAGGAGAAAAAAAAAAAGUGUUCUGCAGUGUCGCUGCAGGGAUUCAUGACCAAGAACUCAUUGCGGUUUGCCUUUUUAGCUCAUUUAUUGUUUUAUUGUUGGGUUUAUUGUUGUUGUUGUUGGAUCUUUAAUGUUUUUAGGUAGCAUUGUCGAAUCCUCUUAUGUUUCCUCUAAAAAGAGAUACUUUGACAUUUUGGGAAAUAGUUUCAAUCAGUUUGUGUCGACCUGCACGAGCAGAAUGAUACCGGUAUUAUGUCUGUGUAUGUGUAUGUGGGGAUUGAGGAAACAAAAUCAUUUUGGCUUGCCAAAAUAAACGAUAAAUUAAAAUAAUGCAUUUAAGAAACAAGAUAUAAGAAGUUAUUUUACUCUCUUUCUGCUUUGUUUCUGCCCUCCAUCUGCUGUCUAACAUUUGGGCUGUUUACAUAAGGUUUUUAGAGAUGUUUUCUCGCCGUGAGUCAAUUAAAUCAUUAAAGCUGGACCCGGAUGCCUCCAAAGAUCUAUAAAUCCAAGGGAGCUGCAAGUUCAGGUCUUAAUCCUCUUGGAAUCCUCUUUCAAAUUGCCAAAUUGCUUUCAGAUUUUUAUGUUAUCGCAGUCACAGAAGUAUCAAUCAUGGGUUUUAGCUAGCUACACAGAUGCUAGCUGCUCACAUCCAUGUAAAAAAAGGCUGGUGUUUUUGGUAAGGAUUGUGGUUAAAAGUGUAUUUCCUAAAAUGUCAAAAUAUUGCGCACAUCAAAACAAUAACUGAUCAACAUCUGUGAGCGAUGACGUCACACUUUUGCAUUUUUCACGUUAGCAUGAGGUUAAAAUAACAUAGAGAACAGAAAUUAGUGUUUUAGUAUUUUUUUUUAUAUAUAUAUUACAUUUUAUGAUAUUUGAAAAUGUUUACAUGUUACAAGAUGCUAAAAGGUCAGUUACUGGGUUAUCAACACGUGUACAUAAAAACCUGUGAUCAUUAACUGUAUGAUAACUGGCGCAGCAUUAACAUCUAAUAAAAUGAGAGAUAAUUCA